CCCUCCCUCACACUCUCCACUGACCAGAGACCAUCUCCAGCGAGCUGCUUCUGCCGGAUCUGAUGGCGGCCGCGAUUGGGUGGCUGGUGCAGACCAUCUCUGCAACCCUCAAGAUCGACAAGCUCGGUGCCUGGAUUCGCCAGGUCGGACUUGCCGAUGACAUCGAGAAGCUCAAGUCGGAGAUCUGGGAAGUCAAGAAGAUAGUGGUCUCUGAUGCGAAAGAUAAGGGGGGCGGGAACGAGCUUCUGGAUGAAGCUUUCGCUCUUCUUGAAGAGCGGCUCUAUGAAGCCGACGAUCUUGUGGACGAGCUCGACUACAACAGGCUGCAACAGCAAGUCCAAGGUCUGCCGGCACCUGCAGAUCCAAGCGAGCCACUCCCACUCCCACUCCCAGGAGCUACAAGGGGCGAUGCUGAUAUGCCGAGCAAUGCCGGCAAAUUACGGUCCGUGGUAUGGGAACACUUUACGAUCACAGAAAGAGAUAACGGAAAACCCGUCAAAGCAGAAUGUAGACACUGCAGCAAUGAGUUUAAGUGUGAUACCAAGACGAACGGUACAUCAUCUAUGAAGAAGCAUCUGGAGAAUGCGCAUUCUGUGACUUGUGCUCCCGGAGCACAUCCGCCAAACCCUUCAAGUACUGGUGAGCCUAUUGUUGGCAGCUCAUCGGGCGGAAAAGGAAAGAAACGACGGUCCAAGGCAUGGGAUAAUUAUGAAGCUAUAGAAAAUGAAAACACACAGCCAAUCAAGGCAAAAUGUAAAUACUGCCACAAAGAGAUCAAGUGCGGGGGGAAGACCGGUACAUCAGGUAUGCAUAACCAUACCAAGAUUUGUGAAAAGAAACGUGGAGAAGAUGACCAGCAGCCCCCAAACCUGCCAAGCACCGGUGAUGCUAUUGCAAAUGUGACACAUAUUGUAGUUGGUGAUUCAUCUAGCAGGAAAAAAAGCAGCGUGGAUGAGGAGUCAGCACAUAUCAUUGCAGCUAAUACACACACCACCCCUUGUGACAAGAAUACAAUAUCCGAUAGGAUACAAGAAAUUAUUAGUCUGUUGCAAGUUAUCCGAGGGCAAGUGAGUGAGGUUCUCAAACUGCAUGGAUCAGACAUAUCUUCCAGUUCUAAUCACCAUCAGAGUACAGCCUUAGAUCAGCACCUAAGCACAUCAAGUAUUGUUCCACCGUAUGUGUGUGGAAGAGUUGCAGAAAAGAACAACAUUAUAAAGAUGAUAACAGAAGAAAAAUCUGAUGGUGUGGUUGUUCUGCCUAUUGUAGGCAUUGCAGGCGUUGGGAAAACAACUCUUGCUCAACUUGUAUGCAAUGAUCCAGAUGUGGAACAUCAAUUUGACCAAAGGAUAUGGGUUUGGGUGUCUCGCAACUUUGAUAAAAUAAGGCUCACAAGGGAGAUGUUAAACUCUAUUUCUCAAGAAAGGCAUGAAGAAAUAACCUGUUUUGCGAAGCUUCCGGAGAUCUUGAAGAGUCAUGCUAACUCAAAGAGACUUUUAAUUAUUUUAGAUAAUGUCUGGGAUGACGUGGACGAUAAUAUCCGAUGGGCUGAAAUGUUGGAUUCUCUAGUAUCAAGUCAUGUGAAGGGUAAUGUGGUCCUAGUCACAACUAGAAAUAUAUUUCUUGCACGAAGGUUAGGCACCCUCAAACCAGUCAAGUUAGGUGCUCUGGCAAAUGAUGACUUUUGGUUAUUGUUCAAAUCACGUGCAUUUGGUUACGAGAACUGUCAGGAGCAUCCAAGUUUAAGUAUCAUCGGGUGGCAAAUAGCCGAGAAGUUAAAGGGCAACCCAUUAGCAGCUGUAUCUACAGGAGAACUAUUACGGAAGAAACUUAACACUGAUUAUUGGAGAAUCGUUCUAAAGAACGAAGAGUGGAAAUACAUGCAUCACAAUAGAGGUAUCAUGGCUGCUCUGAAGCUUAGCUAUGAUCAACUUCCGUACCAUUUACAGCGGUGUUUCUCAUAUUGCUCCAUAUUCCCCGACAGUUAUCAGUUUCUUAGUGAGGUGUUGGUCGGUUUCUGGAUAUCACAGGGAUUUGUAAAGUGCAACAACUCUAGUCGGAGAUUGGAGGAUAUAGGGCAGGGAUAUCUGAUUGAUUUGGUUAACAUGGGCUUCUUUGAAGAAGUUAAAAGAGAAGAACCAUAUCUAGGCAGUCAAGUUAUGUAUGCCAUAUGCGGUCUCAUGCAUGAUUUUGCGAUGAUGGAGGUGGAUGGGUCUUUCCCUCAAAUUUUGAGCAAAUUGUACCAUCUCCAAGUAUUAGACGUCGGUUCAUACACUGAUCGUACUAUGCCUGGUUGUAUUAAUAAUCUGGUUAGCCUACGGCAUCUUGUUGUACACAAGGGAGUGUACUGUUCCAUUGCAACCAUUGAUAAUAUGCUAUCAUUUCAGGAACAACAUGGUUUCAAGUUUCAUAUUUCUAGUGGCUUUGAGUUAACACAACUCCAAUCCACUGAACAUUGGAUGCAUGUUAAUACUCUGGAAGAUGUUUAUGAGGCAGGAUUGGUAAACAAUGAACUCUCAGAAAAGUUGCACUUGUCCUGGAAGGAUUCUCCUGCGGAGAUAGUCAUGGAGGUUGAGGGUUGGGAACCACAUUGGGACUUAAAGGUUCUCCAGAUAUCUGGGUAUGAUUUUGCUUUGCCAAUUGUGGUUGACAACAUUACCUUGAUUACCUCCUCCCAGAUGGUUCAGAUAUGGAAUUGUAGUGAAUGGAAAAUACUUCCAUUUUUGGAAAGAUUUCAGUUUUUGACAAAGCUGGAGUUGAGAAACCUGCCCAAAGUAAUAGAAAUACUGGUUCCUUCACUGGAGGAGCUAGCUUUAGUUAAAAUGCCAAAGUUGGAGAAAUGUUCAUGCACUUCCGUGGAAGGUAUGAGCUCUAGACUAAGAGCACUGCAAAUCGAGGAUUGUCAAUCACUGAAGGAGUUUGAUCUGUUUGAGAACAAUGAUGAAUUCAAAACCGAGCAGAGGUCAUGGGCUCCUAAUCUCAGGGAACUAAGUCUGGAAUAUUGCCCCCAUUUGAAAGUGUUGAAGCCUCUUCCACGCUCAAUCAUGUGUUCUGAGUUACUCAUUUGUGGAGUUUCAACACUUCCGUACAUGAAGGGAUCAUCUGAUAAUAAGUUAUGUAUUGGGUAUGAUAGUGAGUAUGACUACUAUGGUUUUGACGAAUCUUCCGAUGAGUUGAAGAUACUGGAUGACAAAAUUUUUCUGUUCAAUAAUCUGAAAAACCUCAAAUCGAUGGUGAUAUAUGGUUGCCGGAAUCUAAGAAAAAAAUCAUUAAAAGGUUUUAGUUACCUCGUCUCUUUAACGAGCUUGGAAAUAAGAGAUUGUGAAAAACUUUUUGCUUCAGAUGAGAUGCCAGAGCAUACCCUUGAAGAUGUGACACCUGCGAAUUGCAAGGCUUUCCCAUCUCUUGAAUUUCUCAGUAUUGAUUCAUGUGGUAUAGUGGGGAAGUGGCUAUCUCUGAUGCUGCAACAUGCGCCAUGCCUAGAGGAAUUGUAUUUGUCUUCCCAAGAGGAAGAAAAUUCAGAUGAGGAAGAAAACAGUAUAUCAAAUCUUAGCUCAACCAGGGAGGGCACAUCAUCCGGAAAUCCAGAUGACAGAUUAGCUCCAGACAGACUGUUGCGCAUCCCAUUAAAUCUCACAUCCAUUCUAAAGAGGAUAACUAUUGAGAGGUGCCCUCAUCUAACAUUUAACUGGGGCAAGGAAGGUGUCUUGGGAUUUACCUCCCUUGAGAAGCUAAUCAUUUUAGACCGCCCUGACCUGCUCUCCUCGUUGGUGCAUACAAACGGAAGAUGGCUCCUCCCAAACUCACUUGGCGAACUUGAAAGCAAUGACCAUUCCCAAGGAACGCUGCAGCUCUGCUUCCCUAGAGAUAUCACCAGCCUUAAAAAGUUAACUGUGUGUUUCAGCAAAGAUUUGCAAUCUCUACAGCUGCACUCAUGCACGGCACUGGAAGAAUUGAAGAUUAGAGGCUGUGGAUCGCUCACUGCACUGCAGGGCCUGCAAUUCCUUGGCAGCCUCAGGCAUUUGACAGUAUACAACUGCCCUGGCUUGCCACCAUUUCUGGAGAGCUUUUCAAGGCAGGGCUAUACGCUGUUACCUCGGCUGAAAAGGCUUGACAUCCAAGACCCAUUUAUCCUUACCACGUCAUUCUGCAGGCACCUCACCUCCCUGCAACACCUAAAACUUACUUGGUUGGAAGAAGUGGGACUAACAGAUGAGCAAGAGCAAGUGCUUGUGCUCCUCGAGUCCCUGCAAGUGCUUGUAGAUCUUCCUGCAGUGCUGCACAACCUUCCUUCCCUGAAGAGUUUGAAGGUAUGUGGGUGUAAGGGCAUCUCAAGGCUGCCCGAAACAGGCCUCCCACUCUCACUGGAAGAACUGGAAAUCGGUUGCUGCAGCAGGAAGCUAGCUGAUCAAUGCAGAAUGCUACCACGGAGCAGGCUAAAUGUUAAAAUUGAGUUGUGUUUUUGA